UAAUCUCAGAGAGUGAACAGAGGACUCUCUCUCUCUCUGUCCGAUCGACUGGAUUCUACUUUCAGUUUGAAGACGUUUGUCCUCGCCGUGGGAACUGACGAGCGUUUUUUAUUCUCCUCGCCGUCCUCAAACAUCUCCGACUUCAGACCGUCUCCGCGUUGUUUGUGUUGCAGCAGCCAAUCAAAACAGCAGAGCCUCACACCUGCCUCAUCUGUGGAUUCUUCGCACAUUACUUGUAAUAUUUGACUUGGUUUUGGCUCAGUUUGACUUGUUAUUUAAAUCUUAAGAUCUUGUUCCGGGAGAUGAAGUGAUCGGACAGCGAUGAAGCGUCUGAGCAACCUAAUGAUGAAGAGGUGGAAGGAGACGGAGAGAUGGACGGAGAGGAGGAAGAGCGAGCCGUACGGAGGAGAGGAAGAGGAGGAAGAGGAGAAGACGGUCAGACCGAUGAUGAGGAGGAGGUCUGAACCUUUUGCACGGAUGCAGGAGAACAGCGGUAAGAAGGAACGCAGGAAGUCAGAGUCCCACGUGGAGGAAGAGGAGAGGAAAGAGAGGAAGAGGACGGAGAGCGGCAGAGGGAGGGAGAGGAGGACGUCUGCGUCCUGGAUCCUGGCGCAGGACGGAGCGAGGGGGUCGAGACACGAUGGCGGACAGACGGACAGGAAGCAGACCAACAGGAAGCAGACGGACAGGAAGCAGACAGACAGGAAGCAGACGACCCUGCGGCGGCGGAGCUCGGAGCCCUGCGGCGUCCUGCACAUCCAGCUGCUUCCUGUGUCCGACAGGAAGAGGCGGGAGCUGCUGCAGAGGCGUACUGGACGGCGUGCGUCCUGCAGCGUGGACGGAGACGAACAUGCGGCCCGGAGGAUCAGGGGGCGGUCCCAGCCCGGCGGCCCGCUGGACCACACCUUCAGCCUCUCCUCCCCCCCUCCCCCCUCCCUCCCCCGUCCAGAGGGGGGGGGGAGUGUUUUCCGUCUGGAGACGUACCUGUCGGAGCCGAGGCGUCCGGAGACCCGGAGGCUGCGCUCCUUCUCCUCCCCCCCCGACCCCGGCCAGCGCUGCCUCCAGCUGCCUCCUCCUCCUGCCAGGAGGCUGGUGGAGUCUGCAGACAGCAGGAUGUCGGAGCAGCCGGACCCCGAGGACUCUGCUGCGUUGGAGGAGUCGGAGAGAGACAUCUACAUGCGCUUCAUGAAGUGUCACAAAUGUUACGACAUCAUCCCCACCAGCUCCAAACUAGUGGUGUUUGAUACCACGCUGCAGGUGAAGAAAGCAUUCUUUGCUCUGGUGGCAAACGGAGUGAGAGCUGCUCCUCUCUGGGAGAGCAAGACACAGAUCUUCGUAGGGAGAUUUGAGUCUCAGCGUGUUGUUUCUGUCUCUCAGGUUCAGAUCUACGAGCUGGAGGAGCACAAGAUCGAGACGUGGAGAGAGCUAUACCUGCAGGAGACCUUCAAACCUCUGGUCCACAUCUCACCUGAUGCCAGUAUAUUUGAAGCGGUGCACUCUCUGAUAAAGAAUAAGAUCCACCGGCUGCCUGUCAUCGACCCGGUCAGCGGGAACGCUCUCUACAUCCUGACUCACAAGAGGAUCCUCAAGUUCCUGCAGCUCUUCGUGUGUGAGAUGCCGAUGCCAGCCUUCAUGAAGCAGUCUCUGGAGGAUCUGUCCGUGGGGACGUACGCCAACAUCGCCUACAUCCACCCCGACACGCCGCUCAUCACCGCGCUGUCCGUCUUCACGCACCGCCGCGUCUCCGCCCUGCCCGUCGUCGACCACAACGGUAGAGUGGUGGACAUCUACUCCAAGUUUGACGUCAUCAACCUGGCGGCGGAGAAGACGUACAACAACCUGGACGUGACGGUGACCCAGGCGCUCCGACACCGCUCGCAGUACUUCGAAGGAGUUAUGAAGUGCAACAAACUGGAGACUCUGGAGACCAUCGUGGUCCGCAUCGUCAAGGCCGAGGUUCACAGGCUGGUUGUUGUUGAUGAAGAGUCUCGUAUCGUCGGCAUCGUCUCUCUGUCUGACAUCCUGCAGGCGCUGGUCCUGACCCCCGCAGGUCUGGGCAGGAAGGAGUCUCUCCCGUCUCAACCGACAGCUUUGCAUUCAACACAACCAGAGACAGAAAGUAAACCUGAACCAGAUCCAAACCAAAACCAGGACCAGGAGUUGGGUGAAGUAACAGAAAGAGAGACUGAUGCUGCUGAGACCUGCCAGCAGGGGGAGACAGAGGGGGCAACAGAGGAAGGAGAGAAAGUGGGGGAGCAAGAGAAGGUGGAAGGUGCAGAGGAGGGUACAGAGAUGGAGGGAGACAGUGAGGUGAGACAGGCAGAGAGUGAAGACACACCAGAAACAGAGGGGGAGACAGAGACACAAACAGAGGGGAAGAUAGAGACACAAACAGAGGGGGAG